AUGUCGUCCCUUGCUGCAAGGCGGUCCUUUGCAGGCCUGGGGCUUCUCAGAGCACAGAAUCCGCGACAAGCAACCAUUCUCCUUCGCUCUUCACGACCUUUCCCUACCCUCCUCACAUCUCGCCCGCAAACAACCCAAGCAGCGACAUCACCAUCAAAACCCCCAUCCUCCACUCCCAGCUCAACAAACCGCGCCGACGCAAUCAAACAACCUACGCCCAACCAUCCCACAACAUCCAAUCUCCUCAAAUCCGGCCUCUCGGACGCGCCCCUCGACCUAAACCCCUCUGGCUACAACAGCAAUGACGAGAAAAUCGACUGGACACGCAGUUUUCACGGCAUCAGUGACAAACCCUUCCCCAAAGAAGUCGCCGACAUCCUGCUCGCGCCACCGAAUCCCGACGAUGUCGAAAUCAAACCCGACGGAAUCGUGUAUAUGCCCGAGAUCAAGUAUCGGCGGAUUCUAAACAAGGCGUUUGGCCCGGGAGGAUGGGGAUUGGUGCCGAGGAGUGAGAGUAUUGUGACACCGAAGAUGGUGACGAGGGAGUAUGCGUUGAUAUGCAAUGGACGCCUCGUCUCGAUUGCCCGCGGCGAGCAGGACUACUUCAACCCUGAAGGCAUCCCGACAGCAACUGAGGGAUGCAAAUCGAAUGCGUUGGUGCGCUGCUGCAAGGAUUUAGGGGUUGCAAGCGAGCUCUGGGAUCCGCGUUGGAUUCGGCGGUUUAAGGCGCAGAAUACAAAGGAGGUGUUUGUCGAGCAUAUAGUGAGUAAGAAGAGGAGCAAGAUUUGGGUGAGGAAGGAUGAGGAGGUUGCAUAUCCGUGGAAGCCUACCAAAUAG